AACGGCUUUACUUUAAUCAKAUUUCUUAAUUUUGGUGUUAAAAUAGACGGUGGGGCCAAGAGGAGAACAAACAGAAGACAGCCCGCUGGAAAAGGAGGAGGAAGAGGAGGUGCAAGAGGAAGAGGUCGAGGUAAAAAACAAGACAGUGAUGAUGAUGAGGAUGAGGAUGAGGCUCCAAGGGGUCGAGGAAGAGGAGCGAACAAGAGAAGGCCGGCCAAGAAACGAGGAGGCGAUAAUGACGACGAUGAGGAGAGCGAAGAUGAGGCUCCUAAGAAGAAGAGAGGAGGUGCAGCAGCGAGGAAGAAAGGAGGCAAAGCUCAGGACAGCGACGAGGACGACAGCGAUGAUGGGAAAGGAAAGAAGGGAAAGAAGGGAGGAAAGAAAGGAGGGAAGGAGGAUGAGGGUGGGAAGGGUAAAAAGGGUGACGCUAAAGGAAAGGACAAGGGCAAAGACAAGGACGAUGACAAAGACAAGAAGAAGAAGAAGAAAAAGGAYGACAGGUGGGUUGGAAGAGGUAAAAUCAGAAACAGGAAGUCAAACAGAGCCAACAGUUUUCUUUCAACUUUCUCCAGUUCAACUGAUUCCAACACAGACUCCAACGAGGAGGAAGAGGAGUCCAUGUCGGAAGGGGAGAUGGCCAAGCUGAUGGAGGAGGUGGAAGAAAAGAAGAAACUGAUCGCCAACAUCAGGAACAAACCCUGGCGGAUGAAACGGAGGCUCACUGUUCUAAAGGAGGCUCAGCAGUUUGUGGAUAAAUUUGAGGGAGCUUUGGGAAAAGGAAAAGGCAGGAAGUGGUAUGCCUACAAAGUGAUGAUGACAAAGAAAUGGAUUAARUUUCAAAGGGAUUUUGAGAAUUUUAGAACUGCCUGUAUUCCCUGGGAGAGGAAGAUCAAAGAGGUCGAGAGCCACUUUGGCUCAUCGGUUGCAUCUUACUUCAUCUUUCUGCGAUGGAUGUAUGGCAUGAACCUUGUCCUGUUUGGCCUAACCUUUGGGCUGGUGGUCAUUCCUGAGGUUCUGAUGGGUCUUCCCUAYGGGUCUAUUCCCAGGAAGACUGUCCCCAGGGCAGAACAAGACACCGCAAUGGAUUAUUCUGUCCUCAUGGACUUUAAUGGCUACUGUAAAUACUCUGUCCUCUUCUACGGAUAUUAUAAUGACCAGAGGACCAUCGGUUUGCUGAAGUUCAGGCUGCCUCUGUCCUACCUCAUGGUGGGAGUAGGCAGCUUUGGCUACAGCCUGAUGCUUGUGAUCCGGACAAUGGCCAAAAAUGCUGAUGUAGGUGGUGGUGAUGGAGAGGAGGGGGAGUUCACUUUCGCCUGGAAGAUGUUCACCAGCUGGGACUACCUCAUCGGCAAUGCAGAAACCGCAGACAACAAGUACGCCUCCAUCACCACCAGCUUCAAGGAGUCCAUCGUGGAYGAGCAGGAGAACCAGAAGGAUGAGAACAUUCACCUGCGGCGGUUCCUCAGAGUCUUGGCUAAUUUCCUGAUCACCUGUAGCCUUGGUGGGAGCGGAUACCUCAUCUACUUUGUGGUGAAGAGAUCUCAGGAGUUUGCCACGAGGGAUGACCUCAGCUGGUAUGAGAAGAACGAGUUGGAGAUCAUCAUGUCCCUGCUGGGCCUGGUGUGUCCRCCUCUGUUUGAGACGAUCGCUGAGCUGGAGGACUACCAUCCUCGAAUUGCCCUCAAGUGGCAGCUAGGACGCAUUUUUGCCCUGUUCCUUGGGAACCUCUACACCUUCCUGUUUGCCCUGUUUGAUGAAGUCAACAACAAGCUUGAAGAAGAGGAAUCCAUCAAGAAUGCCUCCAUCUGGGCCAUAAAGGAGUACUACGCCAACUUUUCGCUUUCAAUGAUCAAUGACACUGAUGCCACUCCACCACCAAUGAACCCUGCAGACGUCAUCAGAGGACCCUGCUGGGAAACAGCCGUUGGCAUCGAGUUCGUGAAGCUGACGGUGUCGGACAUCCAGGUGACCUACCUGACCAUCCUGAUCGGGGACUUCGCCAGAGCCGUCAUUGUUCGUUUCCUCAACUACUGCUGGUGCUGGGACCUGGAAGCUGGAUUUCCAUCAUACGGAGAGUUUGACAUCAGUGGAAACGUUCUUGGAUUGGUUUUCAAUCAAGGGAUGAUUUGGAUGGGAGCGUUUUACGCCCCUGGGCUCGUUGGCAUCAACGUGCUCCGCCUCCUGAGCUCCAUGUACUACCAGUGUUGGGCCGUGAUGGCCACAAACGUCCCGCAUGAGCGAGUGUUCAAGGCCUCCAAGUCCAAUAAUUUCUACAUGGGUCUUCUGCUCCUCAUCCUCUUCCUCAGUCUGCUACCGGUGGUCUACACCAUCAUGACACUACCGCCUUCGUUUGACUGCGGACCCUUCAGCGGGAAACCCAAGAUGUUCGACGUGAUCAUGGAAACCAUAGACCUGGACCUGCCGGCUUUCAUGGGGACGCUUUUCAGCUAUGCGGCCAACCCCGGCCUCAUCAUCCCAGCCGUGCUGCUCAUGGUACUGGCCAUCUAUUACCUGAACUCUGUGUCUGAAGCCUACCAGAACUCCAACAUGGAGCUGAAGAAGAAGAUGCAGAUGGCUCGGGAUGAAGAGAAGAACAAGAGGAACAACAAAGACAGCACCAACCAGGUUCUGAAAGACUUGGAGGACCUGAUGCCAAACAGGUCCCUCGCUCCUCCUGCUCCACCAGAACCGGAAAAACCUCCAGAAGCGGAGGGGAAAGCCAUGAAGGCAAAAGCCGGGUCGGCGGGUAGAGGUGUUCAUCUGCAGAAAGACGUGGCUCUGGCCGCUUCGAACCCCGGAGCUCGAGGGCCUGUCGACCGCCCGCCGGGGCCCAGAGGACCCGGACCGGCUCAGGGUCCGGGUCCUGGAGCAGGUCGAGGCCGUGGGAGAGGAGCUCCCCCCAGAUAACACCAUGAAGAAAAUUUGGGUCUCCUCUGCUGGAGACUGAUAAAAUCUGUAAAUUUAAUACAAAAGAAUCUGAACAAGCUCCUCCCACAAAAUAAUCUAAAUAAAUAAUGUAUAAAAAUCUACCUUUAAAUUUGAUUAAUCAUAAAGAUUUAAUAAUUAUAUAAUCUGAUGUUUUUUUAGCUGACAGUGUUAGCCUCAUGUGUUGCUAAUUAAAGCUAAUAUGCUAAUAAAGCGCUAACAUACCUUUUGAUUGAACUUGUAGUGUUUCAGGUUUAAUUAGCACUGUUAGCAAUAUUUCUCUCUGAUUCUUCAAACUGAGAUCACUUCAAACAGCUUCCUACUGCAGGUAAAAUACUUACUGUUCGAGCACCUGAUAUUACCUCAUUAAAAAAAGCUGAAACGUCCUUUUAAGUGAUGUUUUACACAACAAUAGAGAUUAAACACUGAAUUCCCUAUUUUUACACUUUAAUCUCAAUAAAAUACAAUAAAAA